CAUUUGUAGACUGACUGCAGGACGGACGCCAUGGUGAUGGUGAUGGUGAGAUUUGUGGAUGUGCAGGUGAUGCGGAUUUGGGAGGGGCAGGAGUUGAGUUGCGCGUAGUGGAGUGAAGCUCUCCCUCUCUCUGAUGCGCAUUGCAGUGCUCUUUUCCAUUUGGCGCUAAAAGUGCAGGGGUUGCGGAGAGAAUGAAGCAACCUUCAACCACCGUCAAGACAACACCAAACGCCAUUGAACAUCACCAUCUCGACCGCUAUACACAAUGAGACCCUCACAAAUGCUCCGGUCCGGUGGCAGCUCGCCCAUCGGAAAAUAUGGAAAGUGAGUAGAGCCCUGAGGCAGAACAGGAGGACAGGAAGAGCGGGGGCACUGGAUGAAGAGGGUUGGCACCAUUGCCACAGCAGCGGCGGGCUUGCGCUCGAGGAACAAUUGGGGCUCUGGAGGGGAUAUCACUUGACGGGCAGAUGCUGAUUGUUGAUUCUAUAGAUACCUCGGAGAAUGGGGAAAUCUUGGUGAGUGCUGCGAGCUCUUGAGCUGCCUCUAGUUACCCUUCCUUCUUUCCUCAACGACGAGCACAAGAACGGCGACGACACGAUCCAGUGGAGUAUGAGAGAGCAGAAGGACGGUUGCAGGAAGGUUACUGCGCUGGGAGGGAUAGCAUGGGCCGUAACCAGGGGCGGAAAUCGCUGGAUGAUUCAAGUACUAACGUACGGCAUGACAGGCUCGCAACCACAGAGGGGUGUUAUCACAUACGCUCUAAGCAACAAUGCACAACGUCCUCUGGCAGGUACCCUUAACGCCGCCAUCUUCAACACAUUCCGAAGAUUUUCAGGCCAAGUCUUCUACUUCGCACCACCGAUGAUUGUUGGAUACUUUGCCAUGUCGUGGGCUAUCGAAAGGUGAGUUGCACUAUUUAGGCAUGCUAUGGGCAUUUAAUGGAACAGCCACUGAUUCAAACGUGUGAAGAAAUGAAUACCUGAACUCCAAAGCCGGGAUUGCAGAGUUUGGCGAGGACGAGUAAAGGAUUCCAAAUAGUGCCGUGGUGUGCUCCGGUUGAGGGG